AUGAGACUCCUAAGAGAUGAGCUGCCCCGAAACUACAAUUCACCAACAGAUAAGAACACUUGGAGGCUUCUAUCGUCUUUCAUCAUGGAUAAAUCUACCAUAAGAAGUGUUUCUAAACAUCUCCAAGAAAAUCCCGAUGCUAAAGUAAUCUUCAUGGUUGGUGCUGGUAUAUCCACACCUUGUGGUAUUCCUGAUUUUAGAUCACCAAAGACAGGUCUCUAUAGUAAUCUUUCAAAAUUAGGAUUACCAUUCCCUGAAGCCGUGUUUGAUGUUGACUAUUUUGAAGAAAAUCCUAAGCCAUUUUAUACAUUGGCCAAAGAACUUUACCCAGGUAAUUUUAAACCUUCAAAAUUCCACUAUUUGAUGAAAUUGUUUGAGGACAAAGGUAGACUACGUAGGAUUUACACUCAGAAUAUUGAUACUUUGGAAAGAGAAGCUAAGAUUCACGAUAAAUAUAUAGUAGAGGCUCAUGGUAGUUUUGCAUCAAAUGUUUGUAUUGGAUGUUCUCAAAGAUUUCCAGUAGAAACUUUCAAAGCUCAUUUAGAACCAGUUAAACUAGAACAUAAGAAAGACAAGGGAAAAAAGGAUGAAAUUGAAUUCGAUUACGCACGCUGUGACAAAUGUGAUAGUUUGAUUAAACCAAGUAUCGUAUUUUUCGGGGAAGGUUUACCAAAUAAUUUCUUUGACACUUGGGAUGAAGACUUAGAAUGGUUAAAAAAGAAUAAGAAGGGAAAACAUCUAGUGAUUGUUGCUGGUACCUCUUUAUCUGUGUAUCCCUUUGCAUCUUUGCCAUCAGAAGUCCCUCUUGGCUUUAAAAGGGUACUUUGGAAUUACGAAGUCGUUGGUGAGUUCCGUUCGAACCCUCGAGGAGGCGAUCUUGUUUUUAAGGGAGGGUCAGAUGAAGCGGCUCAAGAACUGGCAAAGGAAUUGAAUUGGUUAGAAGAAUUACAAGAACUAGCCGGCGAAGAGAAAGAAUAUAAGGCCAAAGACGCUGCUGAGGAAGUUGCCGCUAUCGCUAACGAAUUAGAGAAUUUGGAUAUCGGUACUGAAACAAAAAAGGAAUGA